CAAGAAUUUGUGAAAAAUUGUAACAGAUAUUGGUUUGAUGGUGGUCAUUCACCUAAAUUUUUAAUCAAACUGUUUAAAGAUUUUACAGCUACGUUAGAGUCAGAAUUUUAUGAUGUCCAACUGAAUAAUUUUAGAAGAAAAUUAAAUGAAACCAAAAUGCAGCUGGUUAAUCCUGAUCAAGAUCUCCUUGCUACAUUUGAUUAUUCCCAGAAGUGUCUAGACAGCCUCGCCUUUUUCAAACAGAUAGACACAUCAUAUCAAUCUAUAAGUGAGCUUUAUGACAAAAUGAAUAAAUAUGAAGAAGCAUCAACAACAGCCCUCACUUAUUUAUUAACUUUUUCUUAUUUUGUGGAUGAUGUUGAUAGUUUAAAAGGGCAGAUAGCUCAAUUUAAGCAAUCCUUGAUGCUAGAUUUAUAUGGUAGUUUUAGUAGGGAAAAUUUGCAAGCUGUAAUGACACAGGUGAAUACAUUGAUAGAAGAAAUACAAGAUGUUGCUAGCUCAUUGUUUGAUAAAGGAGAUAUGUGCUCUCCUGAACUAAGAGACCUAAUAAAGCCGCAAGGAGAUGAUUUAUCAAGUACACAUAUCACUUUUAACUUUGAAGUGAUAGUAAAGAAAGAGGAUUGGAAACUUGAAGAAAAUGCCAAAUUUUACAUUGCCAUGGUAUUUCAUAUUCCACCACAUGGUAAACGUAUCUUGAAAUUAGAAUUUUGUCCUUCAAAUAUCCAACCAGAGUAUUCAGUAAUGUCAUGUGGAGUUGCUGUCAAUCGGAGCCUUCAUAAGUUGUACUAUAAGUACCUGUUAUUCCCUUAUUACAAGACACCAGUAGAACUAAUGUUCAUUAAGAAGCCACAAUAUGAAGAAGCUUCUUCCUGUUACAGAGUAUUGAACAUAUCUAUAAAUACAGAUAUCAAGGAAAAGGAUGUUUUUGAUAGUUGUAUUUAUCCCCAGAUACCUAAUAAGGAGCAAGGAAUGAUCAGCAAAUUCUUGCAUGGGGCAUCCUUAGAGUUACCGCCUGCUAUUUAUAAUAAUUUAGACUUCUGUGCUGAUGUUCAUUUACAAAAAGAAUACGAUAGUAUUGAGAAAUGUGAAAUUACAGAUGCUGUUGAAGUCUGCAAAAAGAUUCUAUCUGUGCAUCAUUGCUUAUCUAAAGCUAUCAAAGCUAACAUUAAAUCUACUAAUUAUAAAGAAAUGCCUUUUUACAAUUCAAAUGCUUCAGAGGUAAUUCGAAAUCAAUUGGAAUGCUUAUUAGCCAAUGUUGAAGAACGUGAUCAUCCUUUGAAGAUUUUGUCUGGGAUAGUAUUAUGUCGAUGUCUGAUGGAAAUAUCUCAAAAUAGACUGACAUCGAAAAUAAUUACUAGGCUGCUCUCAACAAUGGCAGUAAAGUAUGAUGAAGCUAAAUCUUGCUACUUGGAGUUUGACAUUGUUAAAAGUGCAGUAAAUAUUUCAAAAUUCUUCACUGAAUUUUUGCAAGAAUGCAUAUUAAAAGCUCAGUCACAAAGCUUUGCAUGUGUACUGAAAGUAUUGCCUCUUUAUUAUUGGUUUUGUCAAGAAUUCAACAGUUGUUCUUUCUUUCAACUUGAUUAUGAUGUUGACUCACUUUCUCAAAUGAUAGAAGGAAGUGAUGAUAAACGAAUAUUUCAUUUUUCAAUAAAGAGCAGUGACUUUAUUGAUGCAAUUACUCAUUUGGAGCCAGUUCAAAUUCAAAAAGAUCCCCUGCUUCAAAUUCAGUUGGUCAAAGCGUCAUCUGAACUUGGGCAUUACAGUUUUUUAAUCAAGUUUGUAGCUUUUCAAAUUAUACUUGUUGAUCUUGGGGUGAAGCUAAAGAGUAAAGAAUAUAGAUAUCAAGCAAAGGUUAAAGAAAUCACAGCAGUAUUAUCUAUGUUAUGGGACACAAAAGACAAUCUUAAGUAA